AUGUCAGCCAUUUCAUCUUUCCAGUACUCUAACGGCAAGGUCGCCGCCGCCGAGACAGCCAAGUCAUUUUCAUGGGAGGCACCUGUACAGCUAGCCGUCGACCCAGUUGGAAUAAACCCCGACGAUACUGCUGACCAGCAACAAAAGCUUCAGCUUCUUCUUCUACUACUCAGGAACAAGCUGACAAAGGAAGAAGCAGCCAUUUCGCCACGGUCACUUUAUGAAGUCAAUUACGAGAAGUCGAAUCAAUUGUAG